GAAAAACGCAAUUUAUUCAUAAUCAGGUAAAUAAAGGAAAAGAAAAGCACCAAGACUGGUUCUUCAAAUUGGAAACUUUCGGCUCAUUCUUCUCUUGAAGAAAAGAAAAUUCCAAAUCGAUGAUGGGUAUAGCCGGUGGGGGUUCGAUUUUGCCAUUAAUUGUUGCUGUAACCUUGUCGCGUUUGUGGGUGGUGGCGAGUGGUUCAAAUUCAACAACGAUAUACGAAGAGCUUCGUGCGAAAGGGCUUCCCGUAGGGCUUCUUCCAAAGGGAAUUGUGAAGUAUUCGAUUAACAGUAGCAGUGGUGAAUUCGAGGUGAAGAUGGAGCAACCUUGCAACGCCAAGUUCGAGAACGAGGUGCACUAUGAUUCCAACAUUAGGGGUACCCUCGGUUAUGGUCGGAUCGGGAAAUUAUCCGGUGUGUCUGCUCAGGAGCUUUUCCUGUGGUUCCCCGUAAAGGGAAUUCGUGUUGAUCUCCCUAGCUCUGGUCUCAUUCAUUUUGAUGUUGGUGUUGCUGAUAAGCAAUUCUCUUUGUCCCUCUUUGAAGACCCCCCUGAUUGCAAACCCCAGGUUAGUUCUGAUGGGAAUGGGGUGCUGAGGGCUGCUUGGUAGAGAAGCUGGGAGGAACGUUGCUGCAUUACAUAUUAGCUCAGAUCAGUCAGUGACACUGGUUGGUCUUGUUAUGGAUAUCUAUUUUUUCUGUACAGUGCAGUUCUUUCUCGUUUCUUUUCUGUUUGGAUUGAAUCAAUCGCCUGUCUCGACUCUCAGACAAAGAAUGACAAUUUUGGUGGUCAGCAAGUCUACGGUUUUGGCAAAAAUGGUUUUGGCAAAAUCUGCGAGGCACAGGGCUGUCGGGUUGGGUUAGUUUUGCUAAUAUACCAAGGUUUUGAUAUCUGUAUUUUGGUCUUGCUGUUUUUGCAUACACGUGUUUCAGCCUUGUGUAAUGUUAGACUCAACUAUUAUGAUGAAAUCCAACAUACUAUAUUAGGUGGUUCUUCUAUUAU